AUGGCUCAUGCCCCAGAACCAGACCCGGCCGCCAGCGACCUCGGGGAGGAGAGGCCCAAGUGGGACAACAAGGCCCAGUACUUCCUGAGCUGCAUCGGGUUUGCUGUGGGGCUGGGGAACAUCUGGCGGUUCCCAUACCUGUGCCAGACCUAUGGAGGAGCUGAUGAGAGCUGGGACAAUAGCUCUAUGUGGGCAGAAGGGUCACAGGGUAGGUGCAGCCAGGUGAUUUACUUCACAGCCUUGUUCCCUUACCUGGUCCUGACCAUCUUUGUCAUCAGAGGGCUGACCCUGCCGGGGGCCACAAAAGGACUAAUCUACUUGUUCACUCCCAACAUGCACAUUCUGCAGAACCCCCAGGUGUGGCUGGAUGCCGCCACCCAGAUAUUCUUCUCUCUGUCCCUGGCCUUUGGAGGACACAUCGCUUUUGCAAGUUACAACUCGCCCAGGAAUGACUGCCAGAAGGAUGCGGUGGUCAUUGCCCUGGUCAACAGCAUGACCUCGCUGUACGCGUCCAUCGCUGUCUUCUCCGUCCUGGGGUUCAAGGCAACCAAUGACCACGGCCACUGCCUGGACAGAAACAUCCUCAGCCUCAUCAAUGAGUUUGACUUCCCAGAGCAGAGCAUCUCCAGGGAUGACUACCUGGCCGUCCUCAUGCACCUGAAUGCCACCUGGCCCAAGAGGGUAGCCCAGCUCCCCCUAAAGGUCUGCCGCCUGGAAGAUUUUCUGGAUAAGAGUGCCUCGGGCCCGGGCCUGGCCUUCAUCCUCUUCACGGAGGCCGUCCUCCACAUGCCGGGGGCUCCUGCGUGGGCCGUGCUCUUCUUCGGGAUGCUGUUCACCUUGGGGCUAUCGACCAUGUUCGGGAGCAUGGAGGCGGUCAUCACACCCAUGCUGGACGUGGGGGUCCUGCCCAGAUGGGUCCCCAAGGAGGCCCUGACUGGGCUGGUCUGCCUGGCCUGCUUCCUCUUCGCCACCUGCUUCACGCUGCAGUCUGGGAACUACUGGCUGGAGAUUUUCGACAAUGUUGCCGCUUCCCUGAACCUGCUCAUCUUGGCCUUCCUCGAGGUUGUGGGUGUCGCUUAUGUUUACGGAAUGAAACGGUUCUGCGAUGACAUUGCAUGGAUGACCGGGAGGCGGCCCAGCCCCUACUGGCGGCUGACCUGGAGGGUGGUCAGUCCUCUGCUGCUGCUGACCAUCUUCGUGGCUUACAUCACCCUCCUGUCCCAGAAGCCACUGAGCUACAGGGCCUGGAACCCCAAAUACGAGCUGUUCCCCGCACGCCAGGAGAAGCUCUACCCAGGCUGGGUGCUCGCCGCCUGCGCGCUGCUGUCCUUGCUGCCCUUGCUGUGGGUCCCGGGGGUCGCGCUGGCCCAGCUGCUCACCCGGCAGAGACGAACGUGGAGGGACAGAGACGCGCGCCUGGACACGGACAUGAGCUGA